UAAUGUUAAAUGAUGAAAGUUUAUCAACCGUUUGCAAUGACCAAAUUGAUUCAUUGGAUAAAGAUGAUUUUAAGAACCAAGUCUCUAAUCCUUUGAAACAAGCACAACCUGAAUUAGUUUAUAAAGCGACCUGGCUGGACGGAAAACGAAUUAUUAAAUAUGAUUUUGAACAUAAUUAUGACAUUAAGUCACGUUCAUCACCAUGUUCAGUCAAACUUAUGACAUUAUAUUGCCUUCAAACAAAUGCUUUAGAUUUCGUAAAAGAA